AUGACUAUCAACUAUCUUACCCGCCUAAAAUCACACAUAACAGUUACUCUUUAUUCCUUGCCCAAAACAACAGUACUCUUACUUCUUCACUUGUCUUGUACAAAAUUCAAUCUCCCUUCUUUGUCUUCCCAUCUAACAACCACAGCUGUAAACACAAAUGUUAACCUCACUUCAAAAGAGCAAACCCUUAUGUCUCUUUUCAAAAAGUGUUCAACCAUUAAACAUUUAAACCAAAUCCAUGCUCAUAUAAUCCAAUCUGGACUUCACCAAACCCUCUUUGUAAUCGGCAAAAUCAUUGUGUUUUGUGCUGUUUCAGAGCGUGGAGAUAUGGAUUAUGCAAUCUCAGUCUUUGAAAAUAUUCAAAACCCAGACGGGUUUCUUUAUAAUACCAUGAUUAGAGGGUUUAGCAAAAGUUAUCAGUUUGUAAAAGCUUUUGAGUACUAUAAGAGAAUGCAAGAGAAAGGCUUUUUGUCUGAUAAUUUCACUUUCUCUUUCUUGCUUAAGAUUUGUGGGCAGUUGGCAUCAGUUGUUUUAGGCCAACAAAUGCAUUGUACUACUCUGAAACAUGGCCUGGAAUCGCAUGCUUUUGUAAGUAACACACUCAUACACAUGUAUGGAAGAGUUAAGGAGAUUAGAACUUGUUGCAAACUAUUUGAGGAAAUGCCCCAACCACAGUUAGUUGCUUGGAAUACCAUCAUUCAUUGUCAUGUUUGUUGUGGAAAAUGCGAAGAAGCACUAGACUUUUUCUUGAGAAUGUUGAGAAGUGGCAUAGAACCUGAUGAUGCCACAUUGGUUGUGACCGUCUCAGCAUGUUCUGCAUCUGGUGCGUUAGAUUUUGGAAGGUGGGUUCAUUCUUGCAUUAAGAAUACUAGUCUUGGCAACAUUACUUCAGUUUCGAAUUCGCUAAUCGAUAUGUAUGCCAAGUGUGGAGCUGUGGAAGAAGCAUACGAGACAUUUGAGAAGAUGAAGGGGAAGAACAUAGUAUCCUGGAACACAAUGAUUCUAGGACUGGCAACACAUGGACAUACUGAGGAGGCAUUAGCACUGUUUUUAAGGAUGUUACAAGAAAAUCUUCAGACCCCAAAUGAUGUUACUUUUCUGGGGGUUUUAUGCGCUUGUAGCCAUGGAGGGAUGGUUGAUGAAGGGAGAAGAUACUUUGAUAUGAUGUGCAACACUUACCAUAUCAAACCAACCAUUAAGCACUAUGGAUGCAUGGUGGAUAUUUUAGGGCGAGCAGGUUUUGUGGAGGAGGCUUAUAGACUGAUAAGGAGCAUGCCAGUGAAGUGCAAUGCCAUUGUGUGGAGGACAUUGUUGGCUGCUUGUAGGAUACAUGGAAAUGUCGAACUUGGGAAGAAGGCAAGGAAACAUCUUUUGGAGUUGGAACCAGAUCAUAGCAGCGACUAUGUACCUGCUAACAUGUAUGCGAGCGUGGGACAGUGGGACGAAGCAAUGGGCGUGAGGAAAUCAAUGCAGGAGAGAAGAGUUCAGAAGUCAGAGCCUGGUAUUAGCUUCAUUGGUGUUGCUCCUAGUAUAAGUUUAAGAAUUCAGUCUGUUCAAACUUGUAGUAAAGCAAUAAAUGCUACCAAUACAGGUUGAGUUUAGCAUGAGUUUUUGCCUUACAACUAGAUUGAUUAUUUUCAGAUUAUUUUAAAUCAUAUUAAAUGAAAAACAAGCCUGCACGUAUGUCAUACAUUUUUAAAGGAGGAACAGAUU